CAAGCACUGCGGAGCAUCAAAGCCUCACAUCAAAAUGUUUCUGCUGUUGAUCAUUACAUUCCUCUGUAAAAAUUACAUAUCAGGAACUGACAUCCUACCAUCACCAACUGAAGUAAUUAAAAUAAAGUUUGGUGACAACGUAACUUUGAAGUGCUCUUUCCCAAAGGAUCAAUUGAUAAAAUAUUUCUUUUGGUACAAGCAAGUGUUUGGGUACAGGCCUCGACCCAUUGGGCUGGUGAAGACUCAUUUGACUGUUAUUUAUUACAAUGAGUUUAACAAUACACGUUUCAGGAUCAUGGAAACUGACCACAGCGUGCAACUGACUAUUUUCAAGACAAUGUUAUCUGAUGAGGGAAUGUAUUUCUGUGGGUUUGAAAAGUCACACUAUAUUGAAUUUGGAAAUGGAACUUUUUUGACAUUUGAAGAGAAUGUGAAGACCUCGAGCAUCGUGUCAGUGGUCCAACCACCGGUAUCAGACCCAGUUUAUCAAGGAGACUCAGUCACACUACAGUGUGCAGUGCUCACUGACACCAGAAUCAACGACCUCAGGGUCUUCUGGAUCAGCACAGCUUCAGGAGGCGAUCUCCAUCCUGGAAGCAUUUAUGUACACAAGAACAGUAAUUCUCAGUGUGAAAUCACCUCAGAAAAGAGCUGUACCAAUGAGCUCUUGAAAAGCCAUGUUGGCCUUGACGAUGCAGGCAUGCAUUACUGUGCUGUGUCCACAUGUGGACAAAUAGUACUGGGAAACGGCACCAUGCUGAAAAUCGAAAGCAGUUUGCAUCACUUGGUUUUCGGCUUGGGACUGGCACUUGUGAUGAGCCUGGUGGUUAUAAAUGUUCUGGUCUGUGUGAUUUACCAUCGAGUAGGAUCCCACAGCAGCAUUAAAUGUGGUCAGCAGGUCAAGCAAAACACCUCUCUGUCAGUAGCCUUUGGUGAUCAGGCAGGUGACUCUGGAGCACUGAUGUACACAACGCUGCAUUUCUCCAACACAGCAGGCAAGAGAGGGAGGAAGAAGAAGAGCUCUCCACCACCACAGGAUGUUGUCUACUCUAGUGUCAACCUGACUUAGUGGAAGCUUUCUAUAAGGCCAAUGUCUUACCUGUUGGGCAGCACAGACUUCUGUUCUCUCUUUUACAUACAUUUAGUGUUCUAGUUCCAACUUUAGAAUCUCUUCUGAAAUGUUUACUCUAGUAUUCUGGUAUGCUGGCAGGCUGCCUGAGUUGGUGUGCUAGAUUAAUAGUUAUUGUUAAUUAUGGGUUUCACCUAAUGCUCAAAUAAACUGUGAAUGGACUCACACACACACAAACACACAUGUCCGCUUACACUCACACACAGAGUUGGUGUGCUAGUGUGUAGGGGAGGGUCAACAAAUGAGCACCACGAGAGCAUGUGUGACUGAGGGAAAGAGAGAGAGAGAGAGAGAGAGAGAGUUGUGCUAUGAUUGUUGUUGUUCCAGAAGUGUGUGUGUGUUAUUCAUUUCUAGAUUAUCUAAAUUAAUUAAUAUACUUUGCCAGUAUUAUAUCUGACUCACACACAGCUCUUUUGAAUAUGUUUGAUAAUAAAAUGUGUAUUUUAUAAUGUGAAUACCUGGAUUUCUUUCAAUUGAAUAUAUGAAUGUUUAACAGUAUGUUUGUAGUGAAAAAACAAAUAGUAGUUAGUGACCUGUAGUUUAUGCAUAAAAAAGAUUGAGACACAGGGAUGGAGGGUGCAUGGCCACAUUAUCUUUGAAGGAGGAUGGAUGAAAAUAAUUAGCCAAUAGGAGAGAGAGGGAGGAGACAGAGGGUGGAGACUGCAUGCUGUGUGUGCAGACAUUUCCUGUAAAACUAUAAUCUUACACACAAAGACACAAAGUCUACUUCAUGGGGCUCA